CGUUGCCUGAAACAUAAAUGGCUGUUUUCCCGACCGAUGUAAUCACUGACAUACUUGGUAUGCUUCCGGUGAAGGCACUUAUUCGCUUCAGAUUUGUGUCAAAGUCAUGGGAUUCUCUCAUAAAAGAUUCUAAUUUUGCCAAACUCCAUCUCCAUAGCACCUUCAAAAUCAACAACGAUGUCAAGCUUAUUCUCGAUAGUGAUACAGCUGAUGAUGAUGAUAAGGCCUAUUCAGUGGACUUCGACUCGCUAGCCAACUUGGAGCAGCUCCCUCGCCCGUUGAAAACGGGAGGAGGCGAGUUUACAUCUAGGAUAUUUGGUUCCUGCAAUGGUUUACUUGCUGUAUACCAUGAAGGAGGAGGAGUUGCUUUGUGGAAUCCAUCGACCAGAACAUGCCAUUACCUACCAAGAUUAACGAUCGAAGAUGUGGUGGAGAGAGAUCAUGAUAUUCUCGGAUUCGAGUACGAUGUGAUAGGCGAUGACUACAAGGUGGUGCAGAUGAAAGCAUCCGGAAAGCCAGUUAUGAUUUACAGCUUGAAAACUGAUACAUGGAAGAGAAUCAAGGAUUGCCCUUAUCAAGUUCCUUAUGGGAAGAGACAAGACGGUGCAUAUCUCAAUGGUUCCCUGCAUUGGGUAGGUGAUGAAAAAGACAGAUAUUUCGGGGGAAGAUUGGUCUUCGGUCUUGAUCUUGGGGUCGAGGAGUUCCGUUAAGUUCCUGAACCCGAUGUUGGGUUCAGGAACUUUGGGUACAAAAAUGUAGGGGUGUUGGGAGAAAGGUUGUGCGUGUUCCGGGAGUAUACGAAUUGUUAGGAUGAAGAUCAUAUCAUCUUGUGGGUGAUGAAGGAAUAUGGAGUUAAAGAAUCAUGGACUAAACUCAUUUAUCUUUCCCGUGAAGAAUGGAAUCCGACGAACAUAUAUUAUACCAGAGUCAUAGGAU